CUCAUACUCACUCUCCUCGCUCUACUCUACUGCCGUCCUAAUCUCGCCCACUUCGCCCAUUUCAGCAACGUACGCUGACGCCGUUUCGUGGACCGUGCAUACAAUCUCCGGUCUCCAUCCAUCAUGGGUCAAACACUCUCGUCACCUGAUACCGAAAAACACUCGAAGUCGGGGGGAGAUGAACGCUUCGUAUAUGGCGUGUGCGAGAUGCAGGGCUGGCGAAUCUCCAUGGAGGACGCCCACGCGAUUGAAUUGGAAUUAGAGGAUAAUAGGGGUGGGCAUAACUCAUUCUUCGCAGUGUAUGAUGGGCAUGGUGGCGGCACCGUAGCAAAGUAUUCCGGAGAGAAUGUACACAAGCGACUGGUAAAAGAAGACUCAUAUGUCAACCAGCAAUGGGACAGUGCGCUCAAGGGUGCUUUUCUCGGUACGGACGAAGACAUCCGUGCUGAGUCUCGAUUUUUCAGGGAUCCCUCAGGGUGUACCGCAGUCGCGGCUUUGAUUACACAAAAUGGGCGGAUCUUUGUGGCUAAUGCUGGCGAUUCACGAUCAGUCAUCAGUGUGAAAGGCGAGGUCAAGCCAUUGAGCUUUGAUCACAAGCCUCUCAAUGAAUCUGAAAUGACUCGUAUUCGCAAUGCCGGUGGAUAUGUGGAGUAUGGUCGUGUCAAUGGGAACUUGGCGUUGUCGAGGGCGAUCGGUGACUUUGAAUUCAAAAAGAACUUUUCUUUGUCGCCGGAAGAACAGAUUAUCACUGCGAAUCCUGACAUUACUGAACACAAAAUUACUGAAGAGGAUGAAUUCCUCGUCCUCGCGUGUGAUGGCAUCUGGGAUUGCCUUACUUCGCAGCAGGUUGUAGACAUCAUUCGCCUUCAAGUCUCGCAGCGCAAGGAACUGUCCGAAAUCGCUGAGUUUAUAUGUGACCAUUGUCUUGCACCAGAUACUACGUCUGGUGCAGGUGUAGGAUGUGAUAACAUGACCGUCCUCAUUAUAGCGCUCCUCAAUGGGCGUACCAAGGAACAAUGGUACGACUGGAUGGAAGAUCGUGUGAAGCGAAAGUACGGCUACCCGACACCAGAGGAGGUACCCCAACUGUAUGCGCCGAGUCGCAUCAACGCUUUCCGCGCACGGAGGCAAGCAUACGAGGAACGAGCGCGUGAUCGUGCAAACUCUGGCGAUUCAGGGUCGGAUAGUGGCUCCGACAGUGGGUUUGCAGGUGUAUUUGGCGGACGUGGGAUGGGUCCUGCAGGCGGACUCGGUGGGUUUGCGCGUAGCAUGCUCGGCGCCGGAAUCACGUUUCAUCCUAGUACAGGUAUCGCUCCGGACGAUGGUACGUUGAUGUUCACGAAUGACGAUUCGGACGACGAUAGCGAGGACGACGUCGAAAUGACUGGUCCUGGAUCAUCGCAGAGUCCAUUUGAUGAUGCCAUGCAAGAGCGCCGAUUCCUAUCUGCUUUGGGUUUGCGUCCUCCGCAGUCGGAUGUGACGAAGAGCCUGAAAGCUCAACUCGAUGAGCUUGAAGACAGCGACGACGUCACGGCUGGUCCGCGCAUCGAGGAGGUUGACGACACAACACCAGGGCGAGAACCGGACGAAGAUCAAGCCAUGAGUAAUCCUGGUGACGAAGCGCAGCAAGCAUUCGGCGCCCAACCACCUAAUUUGACUAAUGGAAUAUCCACGAAGGCCUCGGGUGAGGCACCACCACCACCUGCACCGUUGGUCAACGGCGAUAUAAAGGUGAAACAACUGAGUUCUUUACCAGGUGGCGACGAGGCGUCUCCCGUGGUGAAAGCCGAGGGCCUUAUGGACGGCAGCGAGUCUCCGAUCAAGGGAUAGCUCAAAGGCAAUAAUCUUGUGCGUUUAUACCGGUGUUGUCUUCUGCACCAAUGUGUGCUCCCAACUGUAUCCAUUCUGGUGUUUCUGUUCUUCCUAAGGUAUUAUAUGGUUCAAUGCAUUUGGUGCAUUUUACCUUUUCCUGCGCGUUUCAAUGACCUCCAUUUCUCGUCUCACCUCGCCUCGGCAUGAUAUAUGUAUAUGUGUGGCCCACACGCCUGUCCGUGCAUUUCCGUUUUGUUCUCCUGUCUACGUGUUUCACUCCUGUUUCUUUCUCUUUUGAUCUCCGACUAGUGUUGUCGCUGUUGGUGUUGUUUGGUGGUAAUAGUGUGGGCUAGUGCAUGGUUAAACUGUCUCUGUAUCAACCUUACCUAGUUUUCUCUUUUUCUUAUCUAACUGUCCCUCACUCGGCACCCGCUUGCCAGAUGCGAGUUGUUGGCAUUGAUACUCACUCUUUCACUUACUUACUGGACACUUUCUGUCAUGAAAAGUCUGUCUGUCUCAGUGUCUGUGACGAUUGCAGUUGUAUAGUUGACUGAUAUUCUCAUUAUUUU